UGCCACGUUUCAUUAACUAGACACGUGUCCUAUCUCCUAAUGAUAAAAAGUUUGAUGCUACAUGGAUAUUGUGGCAACAUUUUUCGAAGAAGCUCUACCGCUAGUGAGAUCGCAUAAUUUACUAAGAGGAAAUAUGCAAUCCAGAUUCGCUCUCGCCGCCGCCAAAUUCAACCGCACUCUGUUUCCGCAGCAAAGCUUACGCGGCUGCGCCACCACCUCCGGCAGAACUGCUGAUCCAGCUAUCCACGCCGUCCAGGAAGAAGAUGUGUAUCCUACGGAUGCGAUGCAAGACGAGAAGCGGCGGCGGCCGCCAAAGAACGAGCCGACGAGCAAAGACAACGAAACAUACACUCCUCCGAAGUCCCCGAUAGAGACAGCACCCAAGCUGGAGUCCAGCGGCGUGGGGCCGAUGCCCUACCCGUUCGGGCAGCAGAAGCGGCGGAGCUCGUGCGCGGGGAUCGACGGCAGCCCGUGGCCGGAGGAGGAGGAUGGAGUGGACCGGAAAACGCAGCGGGAAGAGCAGGAGAGGGACAACAAGGAGUAUUACGAGCACCACAAGGCGUCUCCGCUGUCGGAGAUCGAGGUUUGCGAUACGAGGAAGCCGGUGACUCAGGCGACGGAUGGGACGGCGCAGAGCGAGAGCGUCGGCUACGAUGGGAACUGGGGGGAGCAGCUGGACACGGCGGAGGAGGCGCUAAGGAGGGCGGCGGAGAUGUUUCGGAUGAAUGCGAUGAGAGGGGAUCCGGACUCUCCGCAUGGCAGAUUUCUCCGGCAGCCUCGCGGCGAAGAUUGGUGAUUUGGAUAGAUGUCGUUUGCCGCUUUUGUGAAAUAAAAUGCGACAAAUUGAUAAAAACAUGUAUAUUUAUAAUAGUGCUGAUUCGAUCUGGGAUGUGUGCUUUGGAUUA